GCCCAACCAGCAGUUUAUCCUCACAGCACCUGAUGGAUCUGCGGCAGGUAAAGUCCUGCUGGCAUCACCUGACAGCACUAGUGCCAAACAACUCAUCUUUGCCACUGCAGACAGCCUACUGCCCGGACAAAUUCAGGAGGAGGGAUUCCCAUCGCAGAGUCCUCGACACUGCCUCCAUCCAGGGUAGCGCCGCUGCCAUCCGACGGGGGACGGAGUAGCCCGACCACCCGGACGCGGGGAACGGCCGCCGUCCACGAGGCGAGUGGGGACUGGACUCCCCGACCGCCUGGAGCGAGGGAGCCGCUGCCGGGGGCGGAGGAGUGCCCUGCCGUUCCCCGGGAAUGCGGAGGGGUCGAGAGAAGACCGCCGUCUGCAGGGGGAGGAGGGAAGCGACUCCCCGACCGCCUGGAGUGGUAGGGCCGCUGCCAGGGACGGAGGAGUGUCCCCACAGGAAUGCCGGGAACGCGGAGGGCGUUCUGUCCGCUGGGGGUCGGAGGUCUGACUCCGGUCCGCCCGGGGAGGAGCGGCUGCCGUCCGCCUGAGAGGGUGGAGGAGUGAUCGAGGACCACGCGACGGUGCAUCGGAGAACCAGUCGAGGAAGGCGGGGAUGACCCGCCGGCAGUCGGGGCGCAAGGCACACCCCCCGGAGAGGAGGGGGGAUGUACAUCAUGCCAGGGGCUCCCCGGCCUGAGGCAACGCCGGGAGGAGUGUAGAGCCGAGGAGGGCAGGGCCGGGCUGGAAUGACGCAUGCCCGGUCCCCAGUCAGCCUGAUGGGGCGCGCGAGGGAUAAAGGCGGCUGGAGACGACAGUUCGAGAGAGAGAGAAUUACAGGCAGCUGUACUUUUGUGACUGAUGCAGUGUCAGUGGAGAGACUUCUGGGUAAAGGAGGAGACAUGAGUCGAGCGCAGCCUGUUGAAUACUGUGUGGUGUGUGGAGAUAAAGCCUCAGGGCGGCACUAUGGGGCAGUGAGUUGUGAAGGUUGUAAGGGGUUCUUCAAGCGAAGUGUGCGCAAGAGUCUGACAUACAGCUGUCGCAGUAACCAGGACUGUGUGGUCAACAAACACCACCGCAAUCGCUGCCAGUUCUGCAGACUGAGGAAGUGUCUGGAGAUGGGCAUGAAGAUGGAGUCUGUUCAGAGUGAAAGGAAACCCAUUGAUCUGCCCAGAGAAAAACCUGUCAACUGUGCAGCAUCCACAGAGAAGAUCUACAUCCGGAAAGACCUGCGGAGUCCACUCAUCGCAACACCCACCUUCAUCACUGAGAAAGACACUUCACGGUCUGGACUGUUGGACUCCGGGAUGCUGGUUAAUAUCCAACAACCUUUAAUACAAGCUGAUGGCACGUUACUAUUAGCAACAGACGAAACAGAGUCAGCCCAGGGUGAUCUAGGGACACUGGCUAACGUGGUUACGUCAUUAGCGAACCUGAACGACUCACUCAAUAAUGGAGACACUUCAGACAGCCCGCUGGAGGAAACGUCCAGUGAAAUCACACGUGCCUUUGACACGCUGGCUAAAGCUCUGAACCCCAGUGAUGUGUCUGAGGGCCAGAACCUGUUGGAGGUGGAUGGGGUGGGCGGAGCUACUAUACAGGUGAUCAGCAGAGAUCAAAUCACACCGCUCAUAGAAGUGGAGGGACCUCUGCUCACAGACUUACACGUCAACUUCAAGUUGACGAUGCCGAGCCCAAUGCCGGAGUAUCUGAACGUGCAUUAUAUCUGUGAGUCUGCGUCACGUCUCCUCUUCCUCUCCAUGCAAUGGGCGCGCUCUAUCCCAGCAUUCCUCGCUCUCGGGCAGGAGUGUCACACAGCUCUGGUCCGUGCAUGCUGGAAUGAGUUGUUUACUCUGGGUCUGGCGCAGUGUGCUCACAUCAUGAGUCUGUCCACCAUCCUCGCGGCCAUCAUCAAUCACCUGCAGUCCAGUAUACAGGACGUAGACAAGCUAUCGAGUGAACGCAUUAAACUGGUCAUGGAGCACAUAUGGAAGCUGCAAGAGUUCUGCAACAGCAUGGCAAAGCUGGAAACAGAUGGAUACGAGUAUGCAUACUUGAAAGCCAUUGUCCUCUUCAGUCCAGAUCAUCCAGGUUUGAGCAGCUGUAGCCAGAUAGAGAAGUUCCAGGAGAAAGCACAGAUGGAGCUCCAGGACUAUGUGCAGAAAACCUAUCCUGAUGAUACCUACAGGUUGGCACGGAUCCUGUUGCGUUUGCCAGCGCUUCGGUUAAUGAGCUCCAGUAUAACAGAGGAGCUGUUCUUCACCGGGCUAAUCGGCAACAUACCAAUCGACAGUAUCAUCCCCUAUAUACUCAAAAUGGAGACUGCAGACUACAACAGCCAAAUCACAGACCCUUCUGUGUGAGCGCUCACUAAACCCCGUCUCGUUUUCACCAUCAGACUCCAACCAACCCUCGUGCUGAGGGACUCCAAGAUAUCACGUUAUUUUGAACCAACCAACAAGCUCUACCUCAAGAGGAGCUGCCUCUUCCUAUGUGAGCGUUACCCUAGAAACUUUGUGUUGUAGUUCAUUGAGAGAGAUGCGUUAUGGGACUCUGAGUUCCUGUGGCAGGGCAUUUUGCCUCUAAACAUUAAACAGCCAUUGGCCUUGCUUUUUUAACCUUAAUUUGAAAACACUUAAUAACCCAAUGGGAGCUGUCCAAGAUAAAUGUUUUCAACCUCUUAAAAAUACUCUUUAUUCCUUUUGAAGGACAUUAUUGACUGCUGUGGGCUGUUGUAUGAUCCUUCAUCACGCAAGACGUGAUCUCUGAUUGAAUGUCACAUUAAUAUCAAGAUUUUUGCUGGUGAAUCUGUGGAUUUCUGAAUGUAAACUCCAACAGUAAAUGGGUGAAUCUCACAAAAACCUGUCCAGGUCAAAUGUCACCCCAAAAGCAAAAAAAUUACAUUUUGCAUGAAGAAAAGGGAGCCUAUUUUCAGACAGUUUUUCCCACACAGUGUUCACUUCCAUAAUGCAUUUAGACAUUUUAUUUAUUUAUUUAUUUAUUUGUUAUUUCAACUGUCAAUGGUUCUUAGACUCAAAUUAUUGUUAUCUACUGUAAUACAGACAUUUUGUACUGUAUAAAAAUACUGUAAUUUUAACUUUCAACAAAUGAAAAGCAGUACAACAAAUGCUACUGUGAUAUACUGUAAUUAUAUACAAUUAAUUUAAAUAAUAUGCCUUUGUGGCAUUACUGUAAUCCCAGAGAAUUGAGUUUUUUUAUUUGUUUAUUUUUUAACACAAAUUUUUUUAAUGGUCUAAAGAAUAGGCUUCAUUUUCUCUAUGCAAAAAGAAUAUAUAUAUAUAUAUAUAUAUAUAUAUAUAUAUAUAUAUAUAUAUAUAUAUAUAUAUAUAUAUAUAAAACAAAAUGUGCUGCAUCGGUCUUGCUCUGAAAUCAUGUUUAAACUCAAUCUGCGGUUAAAUCAAUCUAUAAUGUCUUAAGACUCUUAAAGGGUCAUAUUUAUGAAAGCGUUUGACAUAAUCAGGUAUUAAUUAAUAUUAAUAUUUAUUUUCCUGGUGUGUCACAGCUCAUUAUUACCAUGUAUGUUCAUGACAAUCAGCUUACAGUAUAAAUGCUGCACUUACAGUAUGCUCCUCAAUGUCCUCUUCUGUAUUCUAACUCUGAAGUGCAAAACAAACUUAGAGAGGUGAUUUGAUUUGCACAUCUGUUAUUCAAUGGCAUUUUAUUAAAUAUAGGAAAUAUCUCAGAUUUGUCUAUAUAUUCAUCACUUUUAGAUGUAAUAUAUCCACAACAGGGCAGUUUCAUGCAGUUGGAUUAUUAAAAUAUUCUUUAUUUGCAAGUCAUGAAUCGAUCGUUUGUAAGUCACUUAAAGUGACUUCUGUAAAUGUUGUCAUCUUUGCAAAUGAACAUAAUGUCCCUUAUUUUAGAUGUAAUGAAAGUAUUGACAUGAACAUAUUUUACAUGAAUUUUGAACCAGAAAUAUUCACCUAUAUUUGUUUUAGUGUGAAAUUAUGAGCUUGAAAGGAAAAGGUAAAUAGAUUUGAGCGUCCAGACCGUGUAAUGUUUCACACUUCUUGCUUAUACACAUCUCAGUUAUCUGGUAUUAUGGGUAAACAUACACAGACUUAGCAAUGUGUUUAAGCAUUUGCAGAAUCUUCUACUCAAUUUCAAUAGGAUUUUAAUUGGGAAUCUCCACCAACUGUGCAAUUGAACUCAGAAUAAGGCCUAAAAUAUGUCCAAAAUGUGCCUCCGAUUUCUGAAAACCUCCAAAGCGAUUCAAAACAGUUGUUCUGCGUUUGCAUUCAUAGAUUUAUUCAGUCAGUUAGAACAUUUCAAACUGAACUCUGAAACACUGUGUUCAAAUCAUUUGUAUAAUUUCAGCCUCUUGAUUCUUGACAGAAUUGUAUAUAGUAAUUUGACUUUACAAUUCAAGUUUACACAUAAAUGUUAAUAGACUGUUGGUGAAACAAUUGUUACAGAUGUUAAAUAGCAUAUUAUAAUCAAUCAGCAUAGAUACAUUGGCAUUAAUCUUCAAGAAUCUCGUAUUAAACUGAAUUUAAAUUGCUUGAAUUAUUUCAUACAAUUUUCUGGAUUCAUCAUUGAUAAAUGAUUUUUGCUCUCAUUGAUUACGUUCUCUUUUCUAAAACACGACCCCACACAAUUCUAUUUUAAAAUGGUAUGCACGCUGGUAAACAUUUCCUUAAGCAAAAUUGUGUAUUAAAAUGUGUAUUAUAUGAUGUCUCAUGAUUUUGCUUGUCUGUUGUCACAGACAGUUUGUAUAGAUGUUGUAUUAUUGUUGUGACAUUUGUAGACAUGUGUAAUUUCAUUAGUAUGACUGCAUAUAUAUCUUCUUAUUUCCCCUCAUUUUCUUUAAUCUAUGAGAUGAUAAGAAAUGUGUGCAUUUUAUUAAAUGCUAUACAGAUGUGGAGCUUAAAAAUUGUGGCUUGAGAAAAAAAAAUAGACAAAUAUAUGCACACAUAUGUAGACAUUGUGUGUGUAUGUAGAAUAUUACGAGACCAGACCAAGGCAAAAAAUAAUAUUAAUAAUAACAUUUCUGGUAAUGAACUUGUAUCUUGUGGAGCAAGAAAUAACCUCAUUGUCUUUUCAGUGAAAGCCUUCUUUAUUUUGUGCAUAUUUGAAAUAUACUGUACAAAUCAAUGAAA